UAUUGGUCAGUUCACUCCAGUCGACACAUGUGAUAAGAAUAGUUUUACCGAACGUUUGAAAUGUUCUCCAAACUUCUCUUUGUGCUCGUUAUUAUAUCGAUAGUUUCAGCAGAACAUUCAUUUCAUGUCUCGCCUAUUAAAACCAACUGGAUUGCGGCAGUCGAAUCCUGCCAUCGGAUGGGUAUGCGGUUGGCCGUGUUAGACACGGACGCGAAACAUGAAGCGGCCGUCCAGCUGGGUAAGUCGAUUAAGCCCCAAAACUCGCAAUUCUUCGGAUUCUGGCUGGGGGCCAGUGACUUGGCGUACGGAGGUGGCAGCUUCAUGUGGCACGAUACGGGCAGCUGGGUGCAGUUUUCUCGCUGGAAUACAGGGGAACCGAGUGGGGGCAAUGAACAUUGCGUAACGCUGUAUUACUGGCCAGCACAAAAGUUCCACUGGACCUGGAACGAUGCACCAUGUGAUACGACACUGUAUGCAUUGUGUGAACCGAGAGGUGCUCAGUGUUAAAAGUGUGCAGGAUAAGGGUUUCUGAUAAAACCAGGUGAAAGUGACAGGGGAUCAAGUUGUAUCUUACAGCAGCGCAAAGGGCAAGAUUAUAUGAAAGAGAAUAGACUAGUUAUCACAUUACAUGUUUUACG